AUGGCGGGCAAGCCGCCGCCAACCCGUAAGGAAAUGGAGGAACUCGUAGCCAAGGACCGCCAGCGGCUCGCCCAGAUGGGCGCUCGACUGGCACUCAAAGGGCGUGAGCUGGAUGAAUGGGUCAAAGAAGAACAGCGUUGGAACAAGGAUAGCCAGGCGCUCCUGAUGCAACUCGAGGAGGCCAAGAGACGGGAACCGGACGUCGACAGCAAGGCCACGCAGGCCCCGAGCGCGCAGGUAACACGCAAAGCUUCGCUCGAACCAUCCGUUAAGGCAGCCGAGGCGGAACUGUCGCGGUCCAAACCGGCGCCGUCGUCCACGGGCAAGAAGAAAGCUGAGAGACCAGUCAGUCCACGGUCAAAGAAACAUCCGAAGGACGCUCACGACGGUGAUGCUGAGGAAGGUGCGCUUAAAGCCGAGCCUGAGCCCAAGCCUCAACCUAAGCCUGUGCGAAAGCCCGAGUCCAAGCCUGUGUCCAUGGCUGUGCCCAAGCCUAUGACAGUAAAGAAGGAAAAGGUGUUGCCCGCCGUUCACAAAAAGCCAGCUAAUGUUGCACCGGCAAGCAAGAACAAGGAACCAGAGAAAGAUGAGGAAAAUGCAGAAAAAGAAAGCAAACCUCGCAAGGUCGCUGCUAAGGAGGACAAUGCUGCCAAGAAGAAAUUGGGCAAGGACGUCCUAGAUAACGAUAAGGCGGACAAACAAAAGCCUGGCAGAACGGGAGCUGGUGAGGACAAGGGCAAGCCAGCGAAAGACCAAGCAAGCAAGGGUAAACCGGACGGGGUGACUCGCCAGAAAGCAGGAAAGGAUAGAGCGGUGAAGGAUAAACUAGACGAACCUCCGGAAUGUGACGAGGCUGAUGAGCUUGAGUCGGCUCAGGAGGAAGUAGACGGCGAGCUCGAAACGAAUCAGAAAAGCAAGACGAAAGCCAAUGCCAAGAAAGAGACAGCAACGCACGACGAGAAAGUCAAGAAGGAUGCCGAGGAUCAUGAGGCGCGCUCGGAGAAGAGCACGAUGAUUAAGCAAAAGAAAUCGGUCCAGAAGCCUCCGGUGAAGGCGAAAAAGUCUGUAGAAGCCACAGAGGCUCAGAAGAUUUCGAAGCCCGCCGCAAGCAAGUCUGGAAGCAAG